AUGACUUUAUUUUCUUCAAUUUCUAAAAUUGGUUCAAUUCAAAAUGGUAUUUCUUUGAACAAAACUAACAGUACAAUUUCUAAUAAUGAAGUAAAAGGAUUUAAUAUUAAAAACCUAGAUUAUUUUUUUUAA